AUGCGUGUGGCUUUCCUGAAGUUUCCAAUAGGCUACAGAUUGUGGCGUCACACUAAAGAAGAAGCAGAAAAAGGAAGAGUUUCGAUUUACGAUAUCUUCAAAAAGAGGCAUGUAACAGGCGACCAUGGUGUUCCUUUAGGUGGAAUUGGUGCAGGAAGCAUUGGAAGGAGUUACAAAGGUCAGUUCCAGCAGUUCAAGCUCUUCCCUAAAGUUUGUGAAGAAGCUCCAAUCCUCACAAACCAGUUCUCUGUUUUCGUUUCGAGACCCGGUGGUGUGACUUACUCAACUGUUCUAUGCCCAAUAAAGCCAGAAUCUGCAAAUGGUAAAACAAAGGAUUUUGGAAUAAGCUCAUGGGACUGGAACAUGAAGGGCGACAAGUCUACAUAUCAUGCUCUCUAUCCGCGGUCUUGGACCGUCUACAACGAGCCUGACCCUGAACUAAGAAUAGUUUCUCGUCAAGUCUCGCCUUUUAUACCCCAUAACUAUAAGGACAGCAGUCUUCCGGUGUCGGUUUUCACCUUUACGGUGACUAAUCUUGGAAAAGAAGAAGCAACGGUUACUUUGCUCUUUACCUGGGAGAACUCAGUGGGAGGAGCUUCUGGGUCAACUGGAGAACACUUCAACUCAACAAUGCUGGAAAAUGACGGGAUACAUGCAAUAGCUUUACGUCACAAGACAUCCAAUGAACACCCACCAGUUACUUAUGCCAUUGCAGCGCAGGAAACAGAGGGUGUUUGUAUCUCUGAGUGUCCAUGCUUCUUGGUUUCUGGUUAUUCUCCUAAAAUGAUAACAGCAAGAGAUAUGUGGGAUGAAAUUAAAAAGAAUAAAUCAUUCUAUGGUUUAACCAGUGAGCCAGGCUCACCUUCGAUGCCUGGAACAAACAUUGGAGCAGCCAUAGCCGCUACAGUGACGGUUCCUCCAGGCUGUGACCGUACAGUCACAUUUUCCCUCUCAUGGGACUGUCCUGAAGUGCGAUUUAGUGAAAAGACUUACCAUAGACGAUACACAAGAUUCUAUGGCACUUUAGGCAAAGCAGCAGUGAAUAUGGCUCGCGACGCUUUACUUAAUUAUGUUGAUUGGGAGUCUCAGAUCGAAGAAUGGCAAAACCCUGUUCUUUCAGACACAUCAUUUCCUGACUGGUACCGAGUCACUCUUUUCAAUGAGUUAUACUAUUUCAACUCCGGAGGGACGAUUUGGACAGAUGGCUUGCCCUACAAGCAAAGCAUAAAAAGUAGCAAGGUGUCAGAAACAGAACAAAACAGUGUUGACAUAGACAUCCUCCACAAAAUAAAUGCAGUCUGUGUGAAGAAGUUUCACCACCCUCCUCAGCUACAGAACGCUGAAGAGAAUAUUGGUCAAUUCAUCUACCUCGAAGGAAUUGAGUAUCUAAUGUACAACACAUACGAUGUUCAUUUCUACUCUUCAUUUGCACUUCUCAUUCUCUUCCCUAAGCUCGAACUCAGCAUCCAAAGAGACUUUGCAGCAGCGGUUCUGGUUCGCGAUUCCAACAAGAAAGAGAUCAUGAGCUCGGGCGAAUGGGUCCCAAGGAAACUUCUUGGUUCAGUUCCUCACGACAUCGGUCUGAACGAUCCGUGGCUCGAACUCAACGCAUAUAACUUCUUUAACACGGAUUCUUGGAAAGACUUGAACUCCAAGUUUGUUCUUCAAGUCUACAGAGACGUGGUUGCCACUGGUGACCAGAGCUUCGCAAGAACGGUUUGGCCGUCUGUUUACAUAGCGGUUGCUUACUUAGAUCAGUUCGAUAAAGACGGAGACGGGAUGAUUGAGAACGAAGGGUUUCCAGAUCAGACGUACGAUGCUUGGCGUGUUACAGGGGUUAGUGCUUAUUGUGGCGGUCUAUGGGUCGCUGCUCUUCAAGCUGCGUCCGCGUUUGCUAGUAUUGUUGGCGAAAACGCUGUAGCCGUUUACUUCAAUGCAAAAUAUGAAAAGGCUAAAAGUGUUUACGAAAAGCUAUGGAACGGUUCUUACUUCGACUAUGACAAUAGCGGUUGCCGUUCUAGCUCCUCAAUUCUUGCCGAUCAAUUGGCUGGACAAUGGUACGCUAGAGCGUGUGGGUUGAAGCCGAUAACGAAAGAAGAAUGGAUAAAGAAAGCGCUCGAGACGAUCUAUGAGUUUAAUGUGAUGAAGGUGAGAGGAGGAACACGUGGCGCAGUAAACGGAAUGACACCAAAAGGACAAGUGGACACGAGCUCGCUGGUUUCAAAGGAGGUUUGGGCUGGAACAACUUACUCUGUUGCAGCUUGUAUGAUUCAAGAAGGACAAAGAGACAAAGGGUUUCAGACAGCAAGUGGAAUCUACGAAGCUGUUUGGUCUGAUCGUGGUCUCAGUUGCUCGUUUCAGACACCAGAAGCGUGGAACAUGAAUGACGAAUACAGAUCUUUGUGUUAUAUGAGACCUCUUGCUAUAUGGGCUAUACAAUGGGCACUGACAAGUACACAAUCUUUUGGAGAUGAGCAAAAGUUCAUGGAAGGUGACGAAGAAGAAAGUGAUUUAUUGUUGAGACAAGACAACAGGUUCAAAGAAGUGGCUCGCUAUCUGAAAAUAGCAAAGAGCAACGAGCAUAGAAGCCGUCUCCAAGUAGCGUACGAGGCAAUCCUAGAUACACUCCACUUAUAGCCGGUUUACAUUGCUCGACAUUUUUACAUCAAUAUUUAUUGUGUGAAGAAACAAAAAUAUGUAUCCUAAUAAUAAGACGGCUCUCUAGAGCCUACCAAGAUCCUGGUUACGACAUUUUCCUUGAUGUUGGGAAGACAAAAAUCUUUUGAAGCAGUUGAAUCCUAAAAUUCAAUCAGAAAUAGGGUUUGCGUUUCCG